GGCCGACACGCUCAGCGAAGCGCUGGCCGGGCAGUCGUGUGUCGAGUUUGCACGAGCAGUGAGCCGGUGUUGUGCAUUCGGAAAGUUACAGCGAGGUGCGUGGUUAAGACCAGUGCCUGCUGCGGUCUGCGUCUGUGGAUAAGGUUGAACGGGACAGGAUUUACGCCAACGAGAACUUAUUCAGCAGCGGCACUUUGUCGUAUUCGGCGGCCCGAGCGCCGUCAGAGUCUGAGCGCUAUGGCCCACAGGAAGCGGAGCUUGCCACGGCAAGAUUCGCUUCCAAAAAGAGAGUUUACAGAGGAAGAGCUUAAAGACUUGCGGACUGCGUUCGGGCUGCUGGACCGGAACCGCGACGGGCGUGUGACGGCCAGCGAGCUGCAGUUCAUGCUGACCAACCUGGGCAUCACCCUCAGCGACGAAAUCAUCGAGCGGCUCGUCAAGGACGCCGGCCGGUCCGAAAAUGGGCUCAUCAACGAGGCUGAGUUCCUCCAGUGGGUGGCACGUAUCCAGGCCUUGACACAGGACACUGAGGGGGAUGACGAUGUCACCAAGGACCUGAUUGCUGCCUUCAGGGUGUUUGACAGAGACUGCAAUGGCUACAUCACUAAGGAUGAACUCAAGUCAGCCAUGGAUAUGAUAGGAGAGACAGUAACAGAAGGAGACCUGAAUGAAAUGUUGGCUAUGGCUGAUGUAGAUCGAGAUGGGAGGAUCAACUAUGAAGAGUUUGCGCGGCUCCUCUUGUAAAGAAAGACAAAACCUGUGUGAGUAGCAUCAUAUUCUAACAUCACUGUGAAAUACAGCUGUUACCUUCGCAAAGCUAAAUUUUUGUUAUUGAAAUGAAUGUAAAAGUGAUGACAGCCAGUUGUAAUGGUAGUGCUGACAUUGUUUACAUAAAUGCACACUUAUUUUUGUUAAGGAUAUUGUAUAUAUUUUGUAAUGUGCCUAUUAUGUUGUUGCAAUUGUUUAUAAUACUGUACAAGUAAUUCCAGUUAUCUGGUAAUAAUGAUGUAAAAUAAUAUUCAAAAGCUGUUAUUUUUUUCAAGUUAAAUGAAUGAUGUAGUUGCUGAUAGUUACAUACUGUCAAAAUAUUUUGUACAGAUUCUGAGAUAAAUAAAUUCAACAUGCUAAAUUCAA